AUGUCUAAGCCUCGCGCUUCUUGGGGCUUGGGGAUUCAUUAUCCCCCACCCUCGAGUGCUGCACACUCUGCCGUAAUCACCGAAUUUCAACAAGCCACACUGGAGGGUCUGAUCAAUCUGAAACCGAUUGGCACUGCAAUUCGUCGAUCCCAUCCCAGGGUGCGGGGGGUGAUUGGAAUCGAACAGAUUCCAUACACCAUCACUCGUUCGGAACUUAAACAAGAGAUUUCCGCUAGAUAUGCUGUUGCGGAUGGCUUUCCCGUCCAUGUCAUCAUGGAACGGUCAACCGGUAAAACAAUGAAUUGUUAUAUCGAAACGGCCAACCCGGGUGUGGCUGCAGAGGCAGUGCGAGCGUCCAAUAGCGGUGAGGUUGUCCAUUCCAUUCGCAGCCGCCGUGUUGAAUUGACGCUCAGCAAUCAAGGCGAGCUCAUGAAGGCUGUUUUUCCAAACGCGAAAUGUGUGGAUUGGAGCAGUGAGGGCGAGCCGACGGUCCGUCAGCCACGCCCCGACGAGGUGUACUCCACCGGCUUCACUGGUUUUUUUGCCGACGAAGAGCUUCGGUGCUUGUCAUCAUAUGCUGAGUUCCCAAAAUGCAACAAUUUCACAAAGAGGGUUCUUCAACGAACCUUUGAGUCUCUCCUCAGCGCCGUCUCGAAGUACCCAUGGCACAGGACCGAAUUGUACACAGUGCGCGAGCGCAACAAUAUCUUCGAGACAAUGCGGUUCAUGCUUGAGCUUCUGAUUUAUAAAAUUAGUAGGCCACAGCAGGAGAUAGGCCUUGAUAUGGCUCUGGUAGGCGAUAUCAUUGACGUGGGUUUGCGUUGUCCGGCGUUUAAUCCCCGGAUGAAGUACUGCCUGAUUGAGUUUGGCGGACGGAUUCACCUAGACGAAACCUGGCGUCGACUAUCGCCCGAGGCCCUUGCGUAUUUCCCUUUCGAUACCCUCACGUGGGUGAAGAAAGAUCCUUCCGGUUUGCAGUUCUAUGGAGGUCUCAUCGCCGAUGGAGAAAUUCCUCCAACUGAUGAAACUGCUCAAGUUGGGUUGAUCAACCACUGGGCAAAUGGACACAAUCUUCUGGAACCCUACGGCCAUCAAUGGUACGAGUGGGACGUGGAUAAGAUUAACUCAGAGUGGAAAUAUGAGAAUUCUAUCAUCUACGAGGAGGGACUACUUCACAAGUUGAUUAAAUCCGGUUACAAUCAGGUGCAGAUUUCCAUUGACUCUGCACAGAACUCCAGCGCUAGAGUCCGCAAUUUCACUGGACUGGACGAGGAAGAGGAAGAGGACUAG